AUGAAUAGUAAUGAUAAAAAUGGAUUAGUUCAACUACCAUUUAUAUUAUUAAAGAAAAUAAUUGAUUAUUUAGAUAAUUUAGAUAAGAUAUGUUUCUCAUUACUAUGUAAACAGUUGUUUGAAAAUCGUCAAAGAUAUCUAUAUAUACCACUUGUUGUUACAAAUGAUACUAUAGCAUAUGCAAUAAAGGGUUUUCAAUUAAAGUCAUUCUCCAAUCAAAUCGAAUCGUUCAACAUUGAAAAUAGUAAUCAUACUAAGAAAACAAUAUUAAAAGUUGCUCAAUUCCUCGAUCAUCCAAUUCUAUUAAAUACAAAAAGAAUUAGUCCAGGUAUAGUUACAAUAGUAAAUCAAAGUGAUUUCAAUGCAUUAACAGAAAAAGAUAUACCAGUUGAUAUUGUAGAGAUAGCUUUAAACUGUUUUGAAUAUGGUGGAUCUAUUCUUGAUAUACCAGCAAUCGAUAGAAUACAUUCAUUGGAAUGCUUUCUUUCUACUGACAUUGACUAUAGAUUGCCUUCCAACUUGACGUACUUGGCAAUUCAUAAGAGGGUUACAUUUGGUCCCAAUGCAAUGUUACCGCCAUGUCUAGAAACGCUUAUGCUGGUAGGAGAACAUAGAUUUGCAAAAGGAUUCUUACCAAAUACACUAAAGAAUCUAAUUCUCAUGUGUGAAUGCAUACUAGACAGAGAUACAUUACCUCAUGGUUUGGAGUGUUUGGAAAUAGUUAAUGAUAGCUAUGAUUAUCCAAUCGCGAAAGGCGUUUUACCAAGUACUUUGAAACACUUGACUCUAUUUUCGUAUUCCGGUGAUUUGAUUUGUUUUGGUGACAAUGAAUCUAUAGAUAAUACGGGUAUCGAGCAACAAAGUAAUGAUACCUAUAUUCCAUCUACCCUGGAAUCACUUAAGCUUGGUUCAUUCUUCAACACAACAAAAGAAAAUUUCAAUAGUAUUCUUCCAACUCAACUUAGAUCAUUAGAGUUACUAUCUUCAUUCACAGAGGUAAUCGAUUGUUCACAGAUUCCAAGUAGAGUAACAACAUUAAAGUUGGAAUCGUACCCAGACUCGAUCAAGUUGAAUCGUAUCCCACAUGGUAUCAAGAGUCUUGAUAUUUAUUACUUAGAAUCGCCAUUACCUGCUGGCAGUUUACCCGAUACGCUUGAAUCAUUGUCUAUUCGCGGCAACACCAAUUGGGAUUGGAGAAAUCAAUUGUCAUUAAGUGGGUUAAAUCCAUCGAUUAGAUCACUCUCUCUUUCCUCAAUAUAUUGUAACUCAAUAUCGCUCCAAUCUCUUCCUAAAUCAGUGGUCAAUCUAGAGUUUUUCUCAGACUUACAGUUUAAUCUUAAACUUAGAAGAUUGGACCACCCGUCGCUAGAUAGAUUUAUUUUGUUUUUACAUUUAAAUCAAGGUGCAUUUGUCGAAUCAUCAGAUCUCAUUGAUAUUCAAAAAAGAUUUGAACAAAUUCUUGAAAAUAAAACUUUUUAA